CAGCUCCGGACCUGUCCCCGCCGCCGUGGAUGAGACGCUCUGGGCGCGCCUGGAAAAUGAGCUGAGAUUAUCAAUUCUGUAUAUGGACCAUCCUUGGAAAAUACUGGAUGAAAACCAAUGUGUGCUGGAUCUGGAUGUGUAAAUCAGUAAGACAGCCAUGAUCAGAUGUCUGUCUUUCUAUGUUUCUGCAUACAGAGCUACUUUUGUAGCACAUCUAGUUAAGACUGAACACCGGAGAAGCACUGCUGUGGAAAUGGGCUUUGUGUCAUGGUGGCUUCCUGUAUAAAAAAAAAAAAAGGAAGGAGAUCAAUUUUAAAGGGACAGCAACCAAGUGAUGACAAAGUGCCAAGUGCCAUCUGCCCUUAUUCACCAGAUUGAACAAGAAUUGGAUAAAGAAGAAGAUGAGCUAAUGAUUUUCUUAUGUCGGGACCUUGCUCCUGACUUAGCUACCGCAAACCUUAGAGAGCUGUUGACGGCUUUGAAUGAGAGGGAGAAACUGUCUCUGUUUGGCUUGUCUGAGUUGUUGUACAGAAUUAAGAGGUUUGACAUGCUGAGGAGGAUCCUGAAGACUGAGAAGGCAACAGUGGAAGCUAACCUUGCCAGGUGUCCCAGACUUAUUUCUAAUUACAGAGUGUUAAUGGCAGAGAUCAAUGAGAAUCUGGAAAAAGAAGAGGUCGAUUCUCUUGUUUUCCUACUCAGAGAUUAUGUACCUCAUAUGAAAAUGGGAAAAGAUAAGAGUUUUAUAGCCGUUGUGGUUGACCUAGAAAAACUAAAUUUGGUGGCUCCUAAUCAACUGGAUUUAUUAGAAGACUGUUUUCAAAACAUUCACAGAAUCGACCUGAUUAGGAAAAUUCAGAAAUACAAACAAGAAGCUAUAAUGUCCUCCGUUCAUUCUCAGCCAGUAUAUGUAAAUGCACUUCAGGCAUCUCUCCCUAAUCUCAGUCUGAUUGAUCCCCUUUACAAUUCAGGGAUCCAAGGUGUGAAUCAGGAGAAAACACAAAACAGGCAAAGCCUUAUUCAUGCAGAGCCAGUCCAUAUAUCAAUUCAGGAAUCAGAACCAAUGUCACAUAAGAUGUUCGAUGAUCAAUACAGAAUGCAAAGUCAGCCUUUAGGAAUAUGCCUGAUCAUAGACUGUAUUGGCAAUGACUCAUAUGUUUUAGAAGAGACCUUCAGAGACUUAGGCUAUGAAGUUCAUUGUUUCAGACAUUUAAGUAUUGACACCAUGGAUAAAAAAUUGCGUGAAUUUGCAAGGUUGCAGAAGCACAGAAAUUUUGACAGUUUCAUCUGCAUAUUGGUCAGCCGUGGUAGCCCUCAGAGCGUGUUCUGUACAGAUGAGACCUUUCCUGGAUUCCCACUGGAACGAGUAAAGAAAUACUUCACUGCAGACUCCUGUCCUGAACUUCUAGGAAAACCGAAGCUCUUCUUCAUUCAAAGUUAUAUUGUGCCAGAAAAUGAGCAAGGAGGUGCUAGUCUGUUGGAAGUAGAUGGAAAUGAUGAUAGCAUCAUUUCUAAUGCAAAAACACCAUGGAAAGUUGCCAUCCCCCAAGUGGCAGACAUCUUUUGGAGUCAGUGCAAGGUGGAUGUGUCUGCACUGGAAAGGUCUCGAAGUUCAUCCUCAUAUUACCUACGUUGUCUGGCUGGGCUACUCCGCAAUCCCCACAAAAGGAAACUCUCAAUUUUAGACAUCCAUACAGAACUGAACAGAGAAGUCUAUGAAUGGAACAAGACCAUUGACCCAAGCCAGCAAUACUCACUUCUGCUCCAACACACAUUGAGGAAAAAACUUUUUCUUUCUCCUACUUAAUUGUUUUUGGAAAGUGUAUGUCUGAAAUACCUUUAAAAAAAAAAGGCCUAUAUCUGAACACCUUCAUACAUACUUCAAGUAGUAUUACUGUCUUUGUAUCUCAACUGCAUGUUGCUUCUGAAUGUGGGGGUUUAGAAGCAUUUUGAGGGGUGUAAGACACUAGAUUCAGUAUUUUAAUAGAAAAGUCUCAGAAAACAUGAAUAAGAAUGGCAGCUAAGAAUGCAGUAUUAAACCUACAGAUGUUGUGCCAAAUGCAACAGCUAAACAGUGUGAAAGAACUCUAAACCAUUUAACCUAUUGCUAUUGGAAAAUCCCACCUAUUGGAUUUUUUCAAGGUCCUGUGGUUUUUUUGUUUUGUUUAAGGAUACCUGGUAGCAGUGCACUGAUGAGGACUUUCUUGAUGUUUAAAGCAGACUACCAUGCAAACCACUGAUACACACUCAACAGCUACUAUGUCUUCCUAACAAGUCUUAUUCCUCUAUAAUAAAGUAGUUCAGGUCUGCAUGCCUCCACAGACUGUAGCAAAAGUGCAGCAAGGAGAAAAAUUAUCUUUUAAAUAAUUCAGAUCCCGUCUGCCUGCUGCAUUAGAGAUUUUGAUUAAUCAAGAAUCCUGUGUCCUCAGUACUCUCCAGGGUACCUACGGGCUGCAUGUUUCUAAAAGCGACAGUCUUUUUUUGGGGGAGGGGGCUGCUUUUGUCCUUCUGAAAGAGACAUGAUAGAAAAUUGCCUACAAUGUAGCAAUUUUUUCUCAAAUUACAUUGAAAUUCGCAAAUGUGAGCAUCCAGAGCUCAGUUGAUCUGAACACUAUAUAUAAACACUACAGCUUAGGUGAUAUGUUUUGAGAUGUAUUGUUGCUGAAUUUAUGGCAUAUUGCUCCUUCCUAAAACAAGCCACUUGUAGAAUUUCAAUAGUCUUAUAGUUUCCUGUCCAGGAAGAAAUUUCCAGACUUUGGCUUGCCUUGCUUCAUUUCUGGUGUAGUUAUGCCAUGCAUCCUUGAGGCACAUAUGUAUUUCAUGUCUGCAAAAAGGAAAGUAUACUUUGAUAGUAUAUUAUAUGCUAGUUUGUUGAGUUAAAAAAAUGCAAAAAAUGUUGUUUUAUUAUAUAGCUGCAUUGGAUUUGAGCAAAACUCAGAUGUCCUCAUUUAUAUAAUUUUACCAACAAUGCAUUCUAUUGCCUGCCAAGUCUCACAGGCAGCUAGCAGUAGUAUAUGCUAAUUAUGAUGGCAGAGCAAUUAAAUUUAUUCUGGUAGCAGUGGAAACCAUAUUUCGCAAGUUUCAUUCAGAAAAAAAAAAAAGUAGUUUUCAAAAUGGAAACUAGCAUUCACUUUUAUUUGGCAAAGAGCAGAUAGAAUCAUAGAAUCCUUAAGGUUGGAAGGACCUCUGGAGUAUGUAUACUCUAGAGGUCACCUAGUCUAACCCCCUGCACACGCAGAGUCACAUAGAGCACGUGGCAUAGGAUUGUGUCCAAGUGAGUCUUGAAGAUCUCCAGAGAAGGAGACUCCAGAACCUCUCUUCACAACCUCUACCAGUGCUCUGUCACCCUGACUGUUCAGAAAUAUUUCCUUAAGUUCCUGUGGAACUUUUAGUGCUUCAGCUAUAUCUGAUGAGCAUAAUCUGAUAUAUAUUUUUGAUAAGUGUCUGAUAAGUGUUUCCUUUUUAUGUAAUACAAAUCCAGUUUCUUCCUGGUCCAAGAGAUUCUCAAACUGCUGAUUGAUGACUGUUUGAGUGUACUGAGAGAAGAAAGCCAGUAAACAAGUUUUAUUCUAUAUUCUUUCUUUAAGCCUCCAUAUACAAUUUUAAGAU